AGCGGCGGCCGAGCCAGCCAACAGCUAGCGGACGGCAGCAGCGGGCAACGAGCGGCAUGCGGCGCGAGGUGGCGGCACGGACGGCGGUCUAGCCCUCGAGAUGAUCUGGUGGUGGCUGCUGUUGCUGGCGGCGGCGCUGUGCUGCGCGGCCUUCGAGCUUCCAGAGAAGGGCCGCGGCUGCGUCGUGCUGCGGACGCACGGCAUGCUGGGAGCGGACUGCAGCUCCAGGGACCUCAGGGACGUCCCGCAGAACCUCGACACCCGCAUAGAGGUUCUGGAUGUGUCUGACAACAAGAUAAGAGAGCUCGCUACCAACUCUCUGUCAAAAUAUUCCAGUCUGAGGUUUCUGUACUUAGGAGAUAACACGAUAUACCUUGCGGACGAUGGAGUGUUCACUCCUCUAAGUUCCCUAGAGGUUCUCGAUCUGUCUUUGAAUGUAUUCCGUAGAAUACCCUUCGAUGUUCUGCGGUUGCCCGUGUUAAGAAAACUCGACUUUUCGCAAAACGGGAUUAUUCUGGACGAUCCAGAUGUUUACAAAGGUGCUCCAGUCAGCAACAGCCUGAAGGUGCUGUCACUUGCCAAGAACAAGCUGAAAGAAUUUCCCCCUCUGUGGAUGGUGCCUCAGUUAGAGUACUUAAAUGUUUCAGGGAAUGAACUGCGAAGUAUAAAAAUCACAGACAUUGCUCCAAUGUGUCGCUUGAAAGAAAUAGAUGCAAGCCACAACUCAAAAUUGUUUAAAGGUGGACUCGAUAAGUGUGACUGUUACUUGUUCUCCACGUGGAUUGAGAGGAGGAACAUUAAGUUAAUUCCGCAAGUGUCUCUCAACUGCCCUCCAACCGAUACAGAACUCUGUGAGAAUUCAACAUCACUGAGAGAAGCAUUAGAUCUCCAUUCGAGAUGUAAUAGCAAAGUAGAGACAUUUCAGCGUCAAGCUGCAAUAAAGAAGACAUGGAUGUGGGCAGGGAUAGCAGCUGCUAUCUUUGUGAUCAUCGUGCUCACUGGGGCACUGUUUAUGCACUGCAGGAAUUCCUCCAGGAGAAAAGUGUCUGCAAACAAUAACAACCAGAUGGCGUGUAAUGACGUGAAGAAAAUGCCUCCAGAUCCUUCAUCUUCGCAGCUCCUACAAGACUUGUAGUUCUUAAUGGAGUAGAGAGUGACUCGAACUUCCUACACGUUCUCUCAUCUCUUUGUACGUACAACUGUUCUGCAAUACGACUGUGAUGUUUCUGUGAUGUAAGUGGUUAGUAUUAGUUUCGCUUCGUGAAAGUGAAUGCACUGAAAAUAUGAUAGUGCAAAGACGUUCAAAGACAAUAUAUACAAUCAUUUUAGUGUUCAGUGUGGCUGUGACUAGAACAAGAAACUAUAGCUCACAAAUUUACCAUCUCCAGCAUUUAUGUGCCUAAGAAGUGUUCCAUGAAGUUUGACUCAAGGAGAUAACAGACCAAGCAAAUCUAUUUGAAAUUUUGCUACAGAUCAAAGGCAGUUACAUAGCAUUCAUCAUCUUAUUGAGUGAGAAGCAGUAAAAUUUUGGCAAAACUAUGGACUUUAAAACGAAAGAAUGAAGUAAGAGUAUAUUCAAUAAUACAACAGUCUGCUGGAAUUGGCAGUGUUCUUUUCACCAGAUAUUAUUUUCAAGAUAUGCUGUAGUGGUUAUCUAACCCAUACUGCUUUGGAACGUGAAUGAGGCUUCUUUCUGAUGUGUUUAGGUGAAAAUAGGAGGACCCCCAAUUCAUUUAGCAAUAUUUAUUAUAGAACAGUUAUUUUGAUUAUAAACUGUUCAAAUUCCUGUGUCGCAUUGUUUCAAUCUUUGUUCAAGGUACUGGUACAGACGUUAACUGUUAACAGAAUCUGCAUGGAAGUCAUUUGAGUAUAAAUAUUAUUCAUGUUUGAAAUUUGAUUAAAACUGUAUAAAAAUCUCCAGUAACAGAAUGUUACUUUUAAUGACAUCCAUGAAAUUGCAGAGGCAGUUAUAUAAAUGAGUUAUAUAAACGAGUGUGUCAUUUUAUCAGAUAUGCUGAAUGGUGACUUGUACUAUAUCAGACGAAGUUUGGAAGGUUGGACAGUUCCUAUAGGUUCUUCUUGGAUGCACUGUAAAUAUGCUCAUUCAGGGAACUGCUUGUUAAUUAUCAGAAUGCAGUAAAAUCAUUUCUCACAGUGCAGCACAAUGACAGCAACAAUGCUAAGUAGUGUUCUUACCUUACAAUCUAUGUAACAUAAAUCACUGCUGAUCAAUAUAUUCGAACUAAUUCGGUGAAUGUUAGACAUUUAAGCCAGUUUGUAGGUUAUUUUCUUGUUAGUAUGAGCUUUUGUAUGUUGUAAUUUGACUGAAAAUGAGGUUUUGCCAACAUUUCGGUUUCAUGUAGUGUGUUCAAUAUUUGCUACUGAUCACCACCUUGCAUACCACCCCCCCCCCCCCUCCCGGCCGCACUUCCCACCACAUAAACAGACACAGUUACAAAUUUUAAAUCUUACAAGUUUUCCAGUUUAAUGUAGGUGCUUGUAAACACAUCUCUUCUUUUUGUUCUUUUGCCCAUUUUCUUCAUAAUGUGGAAUGUUAAUGGCCCAAGUGAGAUUUACUCAUUAGUCAUUUGGCAAAAUAGUGCAUAUGUAACAUUAAGCUAAACCCUUAUUUUCCUUCCUACCUUUAAUUUUCUAGAUACUUUCCACAUACAGUUAGACAAUAAAGUCACUUGUGUUGUGUGAUGUGUAUUAAUCUCUACUUUUCUGUCCAGAUUUCACAGCAGAAAAACUACCUAAUAUGUUGUUACAGUUUUAAAUCCUUUCUCAUACUGUGUUUUUAUUGGGUCUUUUUGUAGGCUAAGAGCUGCGAAUUUUAUAGGUGUGUUACAUUCUUAAUGUCUUCAUGUUCAGUGUAUCAUAUAAAUCGGCCUUCCAUCUUUUAAGUUAAAGGGAGUAUCAAUGGAGUAUCAAUGCUCUCUCCUGAUAAUUUUAAAUUUAACAUAGUUGUAGCCCAUUUCUUUAGGAACUAUCCAAGGCAGUAAAACUUUGAAAGGAUGUAGUGAAAUAUCUUACACAUUCACUGAUUUCUUAGCACAUAUCUCACUUUGUUAGGGGCCAAGACAUGAAUUUAAUGUAGGUCUUAAAAAUUUAGGUAAGUUUUAAAAAAUAUUUUUAUGAUAAAGAAUUAGUGCUAUCUGUACCAGUGUAGAUCCACAUAAAUAAAAUAUCACCACCAAUAAGAGGUAAAAAUUACAGAACAUUAGUUCAAGUAGCUUCUGAGAUAAUGGGAAACGCUUGCAAAAACCUAGUUUAUCAGUAAUUUUACUUGAAAGUUGAAGUAAAGGAAAAUUCACUAUUAAAUGAAGUGACAGCCUAAGACUCUCCAGCUUUCGAAUCUUUCUCUUCCUGGGGAUCUUGCUGCUGCUUCUGCUGCUGCUGCUGCUGCUGCUGUUGUAUUUUUUAACAUAGUUUCUGCCUUGAGGACUCACUGACUAUCCAUUUCUUGAAGGAUUGCCUCUGGAUUGUGGCCAGAACCUUUAUUCUGCUUGCAUUCAUCACUGAAGGAGAUCACAGCACUAUUGACCCCAAUAUUCACUCUUUUCAAGCCCAAAAAUACAGUUUUGUACACCCUGGUCCAUUUUACAUUGUUGACUCAUUUACAGUUUGAGGUUUUCCUCCAAGGCAUUUCUUCAGAAGAUCUGGAUGUCCUAGAUCUCUAUGUGCUGGGUUUUUCCUGUUGCCUCAGCUCUAAAGUAUUACAAGAGUCAAUUGAACACAAUUUGUGUAGUGGUUUCUCAUUACUUAACUUUGCCCAGACAGCAUUUCUCAUUCCUUACAGGUUAUCUGUAUUCUUUCUAAUGGCUUGGCCAAAGUAUUCACUUUUAUGUCAGUCAGACAUCAUUUAUGCAGUCAGGUAUCCAUUCAUUUACGCACAGGACACAUAUUCUAACUUUUGUGGUGUUACAUCGUCAUAGGGCUUGCUGUCAAUUAUUGAUUCGAAUGAACUGGAAUCACAAUCACAAUGAAUUCAGCAUAGCAAACCCCAUGUUCUUGACAGUGCUGAAAGAUCUUCAGUGAUGAGAAACUUCCAUACCUCCACUGGAUCCCUCAAAUGUUUUUUGACACUUAUGUUCAUGCAGUUGUUUCUUUUCAUUAUUAGUACCAACUUUUGUGCAUCUACGGCAAUGUUUCAACAGUACUUCAACAUCAAGCAUCUGCCCCUUAUCAAUAUUUACAGCAGCUGCACUAGAUUGUUUAGCUUCAUGGUCCAUUUUCUUCCACAGUCCAUCAAAUGCUAUUCAAAUGUCAUUGUUACCAUUAUUUCUGUCAACUACUUUUACUGUUACAGAUUUAAUGAGUCUUUGCUAUUAAUUCUACCACCAUUUCCCCCAAUGUACCUUGAAACAUUAGUAACUGACCAUGACAGAUGCAUAAGAGCACACAGUUUCUCCAGCCCAAGAGUCUUUACUGAUGAUGCAUCUCAGCCCAUAGAAAUAUCUGAUGUUCAUCUCAGAAAGGAUACUGUUCUACAUUCUUCAGAGGUCCAGAAUUCUUUAUUACUCUCUCAUCUCAAACAAGAUACUUCCAAACUAAGAACUAAACUAUUUCUUUUGAGGACAUUUUUAGAAAUUAUCCUCUCUCCAUCACACAGAUUACAGCAUUCAGUUUCAUUGAAUAUUGUGGUCAUUCAUUACUGUUAACAGGCUGCUUCUUCAAAGUACUUGAUGUAGAGCAUUUCAUUCAGUGUUGCCUGCCCUAACCACAUUAUCUGAAUGUGGUGUUACAAAAGGACAUGAUCUUUAGAAUCCAUUUAAAGGAUUUCUUCUCCUCUCAAUUACUCACAUUGGUGGAGUCAUAUUAAAGAGAGAGAUACAAUUCAAUGAGCAACACGUUCAAGUAUACACAACGAAAGGUGUAAAGAGAGUUACAAAAAUUUGUUGUUACUAUGCAUUAUACCACAAACAGGAAGAGGUAUCAGAGCAACCAAUGUAGCCAAUCUAGACAGCAGGUGGUUUACAAUAAAUCAACGUAAAUCACGGUCUUCAGGACCAAACAGCUCCUGAGAUAACUUGUUGUAACUGUGAAAGUGCUCAUUGAAACUGUAGAAAUUUCUUAAUUACUUAAUUACUUAAUUUUAAAAUAAAUUAAAAGUACAUAGUUAUCUAAAAUGUACAGAACAUACACAAAAUUAGAGAGAACUUCAAAUAACAAUUUUCCAUACAAAAAAUGAAAAUCGAAGUUAUACACCCACACCACCUUUUGCAGUUACCUUAAAAGUUGACAAAUGUUACAGACAAAUUAACUUCCUAGUUUUCAGAACAUUUAAAAUCAUAUGUAAUUUCAAAACUAUUUACUUUAAGCCAUGAUAGGUUCCCAGAGAGAGUUUGUUGAGAGAUGGAUGCAGGCAUCACGAUUUCAAUGCACUUUGCUUACAUGCUCGGUAACAUGUUGAAUAUUCCUAAGCACUCAAAAUAAUCAAAGACUUGAUUACACAGCCCUGCAAAAAUCUUACACUGAAGAGAAGGGCGAAAACGACUAGCUUAGAACAUCAUAAUUUCGUAAUAUGGACUUGUAAUUCAAACACGAUUACAAACAUUGAACUUCUCUGAUUCUGUAGGAGAUGUGGAGAAAGUACACCUCUGAACGACCAGGAACACAAAACCCUGACAAUGUUCUUCACAAGGGGCUUUACAGCAAAGAAGAAAAUGUAAUAAAAUAUUAAACAUGUAACGUCUGUGGACUUCAAGGCAUAUUAUGUUGCAUAGGUAAUAAGUGAAAUUGCUUGUCGACCCAUACAAACAUUUUGUACAGUGAAAUUUUACCAUAUUGUAGCUAAAUUUCCAGUUUUGAUUUGUAUCAUUUCUAUCUAUACAAAUAGGCCACUACUGCCCUUAAUGUAAUGUUUUCUGAACGUUAGUUGUUCAUUGUGAGAACUGAUGCUAAUUAUUUGAUACUCCCUGUGACUGAAAACGUAAUUAUCUUUCAUCAUGUACAUGAAACAAAUGUUGGCAACCUGAAGAUAAAGCUGCCAUGAACGUGGGUUUAGUUUUUUAACGUAUGAGCUGGCAAAAUUUCGAAAAACGGGGUCUCACGAACUGCUGUUAAAAUUAAGAAAAUUUUUUUUCUAGUCAACAUGUAUCUGUUCUCAAAUGUAUUGUUCCAUACGCUAUGUUGUAAUUUAGAAAUUUUCUAUGUUGUAAUUUAGAAAUUUUCAUAUAGAAGAAAAUGGGCUGAAUGUAGUUCUUACAUUUAAUGUUCAAUAAGUCUCUCUCUCUCUCUCUCUCUCUCGCUCUUUUUCUCUCUCUCUCGCUCUUUUUCUCUCUCUCUCGCUCUUUUUUUCUCUCUCUCGCUCUUUUUUUCUCUCUCUCGCUCUGUUUUUCUCUCUCUCGCUCUGUUUUUCUCUCUCUCGCUCUGUUUUUCUCUCUCUCGCUCUGUUUUUCUCUCUCUCGCUCUGUUUUUCUCUCUCUCGCUCUGUUUUUCUCUCUAUCGCUCUGUUUUUCUCUCUAUCGCUCUGUUUUUCUCUCUAUCGCUCUGUUUUUCUCUCUAUCGCUCUGUUUUUCUCUCUAUCGCUCUGUUUUUCUCUCUAUCGCUCUGUUUUUCUCUCUAUCGCUCUGUUUUUCUCUCUAUCGCUCUGUUUUUCUCUCUAUCGCUCUGUUUUUCUCUCUAUCGCUCUGUUUUUCUCUCUAUCGCUCUGUUUUUCUCUCUAUCGCUCUGUUUUUCUCUCUAUCGCUCUGUUUUUCUCUCUUUCUCUCUCUCUCUCUCUCUCUCACACACACACACACACACACACACACACACACACACACACACACACACACAUUCACUUGUAAUCUGUUUUUAGGUCUGUAAAAGCCGUGUAAUUGAUGAGGUGAUGAUUUAUGGGACAUAGUUAUUUCUUGUUUAGUUUAUUUACAGAAAAUACGUAUUAACUGUUUUGUACAGACAUAUAAUUUUAUAAUAAAGGUGUAAAUAAAUUGUUCAAGUUUUAAUUGAACCAAGUAUAAAAACUAA